AUGGACCCUCCAGACCAGUACCUUAUGGACCCUCCUGACCAGAACCCUAUGGACCCUCCUGAACAGAACCCUAUGGACCCUCCUGACCAGAACCCUAUGGACCCUGGCCAGAACCCUAUGGACCCUCCAGACCAGUACCUUAUGGACCCUCCUGACCAGAACCCUAUGGACCCUCCUGAACAGAACCCUAUGGACCCUCCUGACCAGAACCCUAUGGACCCUGGUCAAAAAUCUGAGGGCAGUCUCAACACCGGGGCCACCAGGAACACUGUUCCCUACGGGCCGCCCUGUUCCCUACGGGCCAACCUGUUCCCUACGGGCCGCCCUGUUCCCUACGGGCCACCCUGUUCCCUACGGGCCGCCCUGUUCCCUACGGGCCGCCCUGUUCCCUACGGGCCGCCCUGUUCCCUACGGGCCGCCCUGUUCCCUACGGGCCGCCCCUGUUCCCUACGGGCCGCCCUGUUCCCUACGGGCCACCCCUGUUCCCUACGGGCCGCCCUGUUCCCUACGGACCACCCUGUUCCCUACGGGCCUCCCUGUUCCCUACGGGCCGCCCUGUUCCCUACGGACCGCCCUGUUCCCUACGGGCCGCCCUGUUCCCUACGGGCCGCCCUGUUCCCUACGGGCCGCCCUGUUCCCUACGGGCCGCCCUGUUCCCUACGGGCCGCCCUGUUCCCUACGGGCCGCCCUGUUCCCUACGGGCCGCCCUGUUCCCUACGGGCCGCCCUGUUCCCUACGGGCCACCCUGUUCCCUACGGGCCACCCUGUUCCCUACGGGCCCUACCUGACCGUACUGUCAUACAGGUUCUGUUGAUCUUCCCUCUUACCUACCUGACCGUAAGAUGA